CGUUGGAGGUGCCUGGCGAAGCUCAGCUUCCGGGACUGCGCCGAGCGGGGCUGGCGGUCCCGGCCCGGGGGCUUUGGCCGCAGAGCUCGCGGGUUCUGCAGUCUGGACUCGCAUGGGGAGAUCGCGAUGUUCUCCUCCCAGGCCGGCGCCCGGCCGCGGACGUGGGAGGCUAGUCCCUCAGAGCACAAGAAGUGGGUGGAAGUAUUUAGAGCAUGCGAUGAAGAUAACAAAGGCUAUCUAAGCAGAGAGGACUUUAAAGUUGCUGUUGUAAUGCUGUUUGGUUACAAGCCAUCCAAGAUAGAAGCUGAUUCUGUGAUGUCUUCAGGAGAUCCAAACACUUCUGGGAUACAACUUAAGGAGUUUUUAGACAUUGUAAGGAAAAAGAAGGAAGCUCAACUGUAUCGCAAUGAAGUAAGACACAUCUUCACAGCUUUUGACAGGCACUAUCGUGGAUAUUUAACUCUGGAAGAUUUCAAGAAAGCAUUUAAGCAGGUGGCUCCCAAGUUAUCAGAAAGGAUUAUCCUCGAGGUAUUCAGGGAAGUAGAUCAAGACUCAGAUGGUCAUGUCAGCUUCAAAGACUUCGAAUAUGCCAUGAACUCUGGACAAAAGCAAGCCUAAUUAUGGUGUACUGCUUGUAUGCAACUUCUGGGGAGACCAGAAUAGAUGGUGAUGUAAAGAGAUGUCAGAUUGCACCCUAGCGAUGGUGUCAUACUCCAUACCUUCCAUUAAACUCUUUAUAUGGUCUGCAGAUGCUCACGACUGCUUGCAUCUCAGACUCCUAGAGGUGGUUAUUAUGAUUAUAAGUCAUCUUCUUCCAUGUGGCCCUAGCCCUAAGUUCGGCUGCUGCUGGCACUGCCACUGGGGUUGUCCCCAACCCUUCCUCUUCACUUGCAGCCCCCGACUCCCACCCACAUCACAGGCAGGGAGGCUCCACUCGUUUCCUGGUCCUCGACACCUACCCAGAGGCUCCCUGGCCCUCAGCAGGUCCUAACCCCCAAGGAGAGGGUGUUUUUUUCCUGCCAACAGUGCCGGUUUCCUUCGUGCAUUCAGCAUCAGUUGAUCAAGUAAUAGCGCCUGCACGUUCUGAGUGCUGACUGUGUUCCAAGCAGUGAGGAAGGCUUUUGGAAAACCAAGACUAAAGACUUCUCUAAGAAAAGGUGCCAUGGGAUUUCCCAGGCAAGGAUACUGGAAUGGGUUGCCAUUUCCUUCUCCAGGGGAUCUUCCCAACUCAGGGAUCAAAUCUGUCUCCUGCUUAGCAGGUGGAUUCUUCACCAACGAGCCACCUGGGAAGUCUACAAUGUAUCAUUAGUAUUCACCAAAAUCAUCACCAAAAAAUGGCCCUAGAGCACUCGCUAUGUAAGACAGAGAGACAGAUUGGGCUGUAAUUAGUAAGUCUUUUCCCAGCUGUACACGCAGAGGAAGAAUAGGGUGGGAACAAAAACUUAUCUUCAGAAUCCAUUAGAAUGGCCUGGGCCUGGGGUUCUGCAGCAGAACAGCAAGCCCUGGGCUGCCCUCUCCUGGACUCUGACUGGUUCUGGAAGGUUCUUCCAUGCACCAAGGGUCUUAGCCAUCUGUGUACCUGUUCUCUGUGCUCUGCCCAUCCACACCUGGGAUCUAGGGACUAUGACCCUGGACAUUCAGCACUUAAGUAAAUACUCAUAUCAAUACUAA